UGUCUUUAUGGUUAUAAACCUUGAAUAUACCUCUAUUAUUGAGAAAAAAUAUCAGCUUGUUCGCUCAAGCCAUAAUGGAAAUAUUCAAUUUUUUUUUCAGUAAAGUUACUUUGGGUCCACCCUGUUUAUGUUUCUAUAACAUUAGGUGGAGCCGGUGGAUGCGGGAAGUCACGCGUAACAGAAGCAAUAUCUGCGUUUAUGUGUUUUCACAAUCGGUUGCAUACAUUACGUAGUCUGGCACCGUCUUCAGCAGCUGCUGUGGGAAUCAACGGUUUAACUAUGCAAUCAAUGUUACGCGAAGGACGUAGAAAAUCAAAUACUAAUACAAUCUUAACACAAUCAGAAAUUGUUACCAUCGAAAAUGAAUGGCGAAAUAUUGAUUACUGCUUAAUCGACGAAAUUUCAAUGGUUGGUUGUUAUAUGUUAGCACGAUUUCAUAAAAUAACAACAAUUGCAAAACAUACCGAACCAUCGAUACCAUUUGGCGGCAUCAACAUGAUAUUUCUUGGUGAUUUUGUACAAUAUGGACCGGUUCUUGAUCGACCUCUUUAUUCAAAUUUAUUAUCAACUCAAGAUACAUUAGAGUAUACUCUCAAUCUCACUAAACAACCUGCAAAACAACGAAAUGUAACUGAACGUGUUAUACAGUGCAAAGAUGACUACAAAAUGUUAUGUAAACGUGUUGUUUCACCCGAGAAUGAAGUGAAAUCAUUACGAGAAGCACCAUGGAACUCAGCCACAAUCUUAGUAUUUAGAAACGAAGUAAGAACAAACAUUAAUAACUAUUGUGUAUUCGAUCAAAGUAAAAAAAAUAAUUAUUUACCAAUGAUUGUGGUUGCAAAUGAUCGAGUUCGAAAUGUUGAAAUUGAUAAUAUUGAUCUUCGACGUUUUUUACUCUCAAUACCAGACAAUAAAACCGAAGGUUUGCCAGGAUAUCUGCCAAUCGUACCGAAUAUGCCUGUUCUAAUAACACACAACAUUGCUACUGAACUUCAUAUUUCAAAUGGUUCUAUUGGUCGAUUAAUUCGAUUAGUAAUAGAGGAUGGUGAAAAUUUACGUUUAGAUAAUAUUGGCGAUCCAAAAUUUCCGAAUAAUACAGUUUAUAUG